AUGCAAGUUGCUGAUGAUAUCUAUCAGAGAGACAAUCAUUCAUGGAAAGCAAUGUGGAAUUAAUUAGACAUAAACAAUAAUUAUAAUAAAAAGAAUAAUAAAUAAUCUCCUCUUUCAAGUAAGUCAAAGAGACCUAAGCAAGAUGACUCAUCUGCAAAUUUAGAGCAGUUGAAUUUGUUUCCUACUAGCACAGGACUUGCUAAUCGUAAGGGGACCUCAUUGCUUUCAUUGGAUGAUCCAAAUCUAAUGAGCAGUAACUAAGCAAUCAACAAUAAGUUGUAGAUUUUCAGUUAGAGAAAUACUGAGACUAAAAUAGCAGUUUUUAGUGGUAGGACUAAUACAAAGCAAAAGACUAAUGUAAGCAGUACUAAUAUUAAAAAUAUGAAGCAUGAUAAUUCAAAUAGCAAUAAUUAGCAGGAUACAUAAGGCGGCAGUAGCUUUUUUAACACACCAUUUAGUUUCAAUAAGAUUGAUCCUAAUAAGUCUGAGUUGAUGAGUCAUUAGAAAUAAAAAUUUUAUGAUAAAAACAGAUUAGCAUUUAGUUAGGAUGGCUUGCCUAAAUUAGGAGGUUAAACUGAAGAUUCUAAAAGGGGAUAUUAAUCAAUCAGGAAAAAUAGGAGCAUUACCAAAGAACAUAUUAGUCCAGAUAAAUUAGCAAUGAAUCAGUCUCUAUCAGCCUUUUUCUCAUUUUACAAAGCAAGCAUAACAACGAAUCCCCUUAAAAGACAUCUUAAUAGACUGGGAUCUAAAUCUAAAGCAAUUAAUCCCUUUCUUCAUUAAUCACCCAGUAAGCAAACAUAUUCAUCGUAGACAUUAAAAUUUGCAAAUCUGCCAGUUACAGUAAAACAUGAAAAAAAUAACUUAGAUAUUAUGGAGAUUGCAAAUUCAAAUUCUAAAAUUGAUGCUAAGUAGAAAUUAUUGGCUUUUAAGAAUUUAAAGACUGAGAAGGUAAAAUCUCAGGAAUCUCUUCAUCUUAUUGAUAUUGAGGCUGGCAAGGUAAAAUUCGAAAAAUCAUUUAAAAUUUAAGGGGUUAAGGAGAGAGGUAAUCACAAUAAGACCUAAAUUUAAGAUAGCAAAACUGAAAAUGAUCUCUUAAGAUUCAACAAUAUGACUCAAAGCAAAUCUGGAAAAAAAGUUUUGACUAAGGAAUCAUUCUCUAGGACUUUUGGUUUGGCACUUAAUUUCGAAGUAGAUGGCAAUAAGAAGAACUAUGUUACAUAGCUUGGGGAUAUCAUUAGAUCAGCUUCUUCAGCUUUUUAAAUAAGGGAUAGAAAAAUGGUUGCAGAAAAACUAAAUAGAGUUGCAUACCUAGCACUUGUAGUUAAAGAACUCUAGUUAGCAAAGAGAGCAUAUAACUUAUUAGCUCACACUUAUCUAUCAUGGAGAUUAUUUAGAUUAGCUAUGGACUAUUUUAAAAAGCUGAAGGAUUGUGCUUUUAUGGAUAAAGAUUUAGAAACGAAAAUGUAUGCGUACAAGCAAAUUGGUUUCUGCUACCAACAGCUUAAAGAGUACGAGAAAGCUAUUUUAUGCUUCAAAAAGCAGUUAUAGAUUGCUUGGUUUAUUUCAAACUCUGAAGGUGAAAUGUCUGCUUUUGAUAAUUUAGCUAUUUAGUACUUUUAUGUUGGAGAUUUGGAUAGAAGUAGGUACUACAAUGACCGUAUGUUGAGAGGAAAAAGUGAAGCUAAAUUUUCAGUAGUAAGGAAGAUUUCUGCAGCAAAUGCUAUUAAGACCAUGAAGAAGAUCAAACUGCCUCAGAAUAAAUUUCAAGACGUUUAAGGUCCAAUGACUAGAAGCCAAAAAUCUAUUGGCAGAGAAUUUCAAGAACUGUUUUCAGAGACUUUGAAAGAUUACUCUUUGAUUGAAAAAAUUGAUGAAAUAUCAGAAGGAUAAUCACCUAGGAUGAUUAAUAGUGAGAUUUUUGUAGAUCCAGCUUCAAAGUAUUUAUAGCCAGGUACGCCAAUAUCAGAAAUAAGUGGAAAAGAUUUACCCUCACCCACCGGUAUUAAAGGAGAGAAGAAUAUUCUGCUGCUCCCAUUCUAUUAGGAAAUAGAUAAAGAUCUAGUUCAAAAAUAAGAAGAUGAUGAUAAAAAGAACUAGGAGAGUGGGAAUUUAUUGUCAGGCUCUGCUGACGAAAAGAAUCCACAAAGCAACAAUGAAAGUGGAAUGUUUUCAGAAGAUGAGGAUGCAAAGCUCAAGAAUGCUGUUAUCGUCAACCCUGUUAAUAGAAAAAGAUAAAGAACAAGAGGUAAUCCUAUUGCAAAAUACUUCCAAAGGCUUAAGAUGAAAGAGGAAAAGGAAUAAAAAAUUGAAUAAGUAAUGAGAGCUAAGAGAAAGAAAGGCUAUAUGACAGAAGAAGAACGACUCAGAAUGAGUUAUGACAUCAAAGACAUUUUAAAGAAAGCUCAAAUUAAGUAGCAAUAAAGGCCAAGGCAUAGAUUACAUCUUAAUCAUCUAAGUUUAAAUAGAAACGUCAAGCAGCACAAGGACAUUGAAGAUGUAAUUAUUCAACUUAUAAAGUUUUCCAUAUUUUAGGCCAGAAUUGAGCAGACAGCUAGAGAGCUUAGAGCAUUUGAAGUAGACGUGAUAAAUGAGGUAGACAAUAUCUAUUAUUAAAAAUUCAAUAAUUUCGAAGAUACGAUGUCUGGGGGACAUACCACUAAGCAUAAAAAUAACAAAAUAAAAUAUCAAAAUUUAUAAGUAUCAAAUAAUGUUUCAUCUUCAUCAGAUCCCUCAAAUAUUCUGGUAUUAAUCUUUGCUCCCUCUGCCAUAAUCAUGAUUGAAUUCGAAAUAUAGUUGGAAAAUAAAAUUUGUGGAUCACAAUCGUGCGCUAAACAAAACGCAGUUGGUUCUUAUCUCUUGUAAAUUGUGCAAGAAUCUGCUCAUUUCUCUGAUAGUUUAAUUGUCUAGGCAUUCCUCAUCUACUCUGAAAUUAUUGUCUGA